CCAAUUAUCAAAAUUUUGUAAAGUUUCUGAACGACAAUACGGCAGUCACCAAAAUGGCGUCGUUGACGAGCUUAUUGCCAGCUCCGACACAGCAAGUGUGGGAUCGAGAUGAUGAAUUGAAGGCAAAACGAGUCGGCAGCGCGUUGGUUGUGUCCCAAACAAGUGUGCCACCUUAUGGACAGAGGAAAGGAUGGGUGCCGCGGGCAGAGGAGGACUUUGGAGAUGGAGGUGCGUUCCCCGAGAUCCAUGUGGCCCAGUAUCCCCUGGGCAUGGGUGCGCGAGGCAAGGAAAGCACGUCAAACGCCCUGGCCGUGCAGCUGGAUGAGACGGGCCGCGUCAAGUACUCUGCUAUUGCUAGGCAGGGGCAUAGCGCUGAUAAGAUAAUCUACUCCAAACUUACGGACCUGCUGCCGUCCGAGGUACUGGCGGAAGAUGACCCCACGCUCCAGAAACCGACCGAUGAUGACAUACAAGAUAUUACGGAGAAGACCAAGCUUGCCCUGGAGAAGUUGACAAACGCUAAGAUAUCUGCUGCUAUGCCCGUGAAAGCUGCCCCUAAAGCUGCGCCCGCGCAAUACAUCCGCUACACGCCCGCGCAGCAAGGCGGCGCUUUCAACUCCGGAGCUAAGCAGCGGGUCAUUAGGAUGGUAGAAGCCCAAUCGGACCCGAUGGAGCCGCCGCGUUUCCAAAUCAACAAGAAGAUCCCGCGCGCGGCGCCGUCGCCGCCCGCGCCCGUGCUGCACUCGCCGCCGCGCCGCGUGUCCGUCAAGCAGCAGCGGGAUUGGAAGGUGCCGCCCUGCGUCAGCCACUGGAAGAACGCCAAGGGUUACACAAUCCCGCUCGACAAGCGGCUCGCAGCGGACGGCCGAGGGUUACAGCAAGUGCGAAUCAACGAGAACUUCUCCAAGCUCGCCGAUGCGUUGUACAUCGCUGACAGAAAGGCCAGGGAAGCUGUGGAAGCCAGAGCACAGCUGGAAAGGAGAUUAGCGCAAAGAGAGAAGGAGAAAAAAGAAGAACAUUUGAGGGUUCUCGCGCAGAGGGCCAGGGAUCACAGAGCUGGUAUCCGAGCGCCGGAGGACGAGGAAGCACCACCAGAAGUCGACGAGUCCGGCCUCACCGUGGCAGAGAGAGACAAACUGCGUGCUGAGCGGCAUAAAGAGAGACAGCGAGAAAGGAACCUGGCUAGAGCUGCGCCGGACAAGAGAAACAAAAUGGCCAAGGACCGCGAACGUGACAUCUCUGAACAGAUCGCUCUAGGGCUCCCGGCCAAGAACACACAAGGCGGCGAGGGCAUGUUCGACCAGCGCCUGUUUAACAACAGCAAGGGCAUGGACAGCGGUUACGGCGACGACGAAGCGUACAACGUGUACGAUAAGCCUUGGCGCAACCAGGACAACGUGGGCUCGCACAUCUACCGGCCGUCGCGGAAUGCUGACAAGGACAACUAUGGAGAUAUCGACUCUAUUGUCAAUACUAGAAGGUUCGUGGCAGACAAAGAGUUUGCGGGCACCAGCAGUGGAAACGCUCGCGCCGGGCCCGUGCAGUUUGAGAAAGACGCGCCCGCGCCGAGGGAAGAACCGUCCCGAACCCAACCCGACGCAGACUUCGACCCGUUCGGUCUGGACCGGUUCCUGAGCGAGGCCAAGCGCGCCGACAAGUCGGGCCGCAAGCGCGACCACCACGACCGCCACGACCACCACAACAAGAAGCGCCGCGACUAGCGGAGGAUACUGAUUGGGUGAGUUAAUAACCAAGAU